AUGUCUCCCAGCGCCAUGCACGAAUUAAUUGCUCACAACAGCAACAACAACAGCAGUGCUCAUGCAGAUAUAUUUAAGGAGCAUUUCAAACGUCGUCGUAAUGCGCCUCAAGAUUUUGGCAGCUAUAUGGCGGCACUGGGACCGCCCACGCCCACAACGGCAACCGCCCCUUUCCUAAUGCCCGCCGAGUUUUACAAAAGUCUCUUCGCCAGCGCCGUCCUACAACAAAAGCAGCAGCAACAACAACAACAACAACAGCUACAACGAUGCGACAGCAUGCAUUUUUAUGCCCACAACCCCUCCCCGAAGUCUGCAACGCCUCCAAUGGUGGGCGCCACCGUUUUGUCGCCCUCGCCCUCCCACUUGUCCAGCAAUUUAUUUUUCAGCACAGCCGCUGCAGCCGCCGUAUGUGUGGCAGCUGUAAAAUCGGCAAAGCGCAGCCAGGCGAUGCAACAGGAGCAACAACAACAGGCUAAGGAGCGGGAAAGCCCAACAGCUGACGGCCGCCAGCAUGUUACGCCAGCGACGCCACCAACGCCGCCCAUUGAUACAAAUCCCGGCCAAGUGGGGGCAACAAGAACGUCCGCCGCAAUUAAUUUGAACGUCGCAUCGAGCUUUGAGAACGCGGCAAAGUCACCACCGGAAGCAGCACCACAGUCGCAGACACAGCAGCCACCGCCCACUGCCACCGCCGUCACGUGCAAAACUCACGGCCACAACGUACCGGAACAUUCGGAGGCCCAUCACUCGCACUCGCACACCAGCGCGGCUGCUGUUGCCGCUGCCGCUGCUGCCGCCGCCGCUGCUGCGGCUGCUGCCUCCAAUAUGCCAAUCGGCGGGGUGCAGGGCCAGAAUCCGACACAGGGUCUGGUCCACUGGAUGAGCGCUGUGAUGGCCGAGCACAUGACCGGUCAGACGCAUCACGAUCCGACCGCAGCUGUAGGCAUGCACUAUAUGUGGAAUGGCAAUGUCGAUGUAAGUCACUUUCUGGAUGACAAUCGUCUGGAGCACCAUGCGGUAACCGGACAAGGUGGGCUGACCGGAUUGGGUGGUGGCAGUGGAGCCGCUGGUGGUGGUGGCGGCGGCAGUGGCGGUCUUGGCGCCACCGGCCCAACGCAUCACGGCAACCAUGUGGGGCACCAUCACAGCUCAGCGGCGCUGCUUGUUGUGCCACAGCCAAUAAAUGCCAGUAAGAUUGGAGCAUCACAUGGGCCGGGCGGACCGGCAGCGGGUGUGACAACCGCGGGACAUGCCGCAGGCGGCACCGGUCGCAAGUAUCAAUGCAAAAUGUGUCCACAGAUUUACGUUGCCAUAUUAAUGACACUGAAGCUGAAGCCUUUGCGCAGCAGAUGGCGUUGA